AUCAACUUGCAUAUUUAUUGCACAAGAAACAUUUUGUAUAUCUGUAUUAAGACUAUAGGAACUAUUGAAUGGAUAUAGAAUGUACAAGUAACUAAAGGAUUACUCGCUCUUAAAAUAUGAUACAGUUCUCAUAAAUGUAAUUAAGAUGCUAGACGCACCGUUUCAGCUUCUUUUGGACCUACGACAGGACACAAAUCUUUUUUAUAUAUUUGUUGCCAUUCUGGCUGUCUUGUUAUGUAUUUUCUUUCUUCAAAUUUUUGGAGGUCUGCUGUUGUUCUGGGAUAAGGUGGUACCCGCAUGCCUGGUUGUACUGGUGACAGGAGUGCUGGCCGCCGGCGGACACUACUUCCUGUUUCCAGACCCCUGUAAAUGUGGGCUCACCCGCAUAGAAGCCUUUGAGGAGGUCGUUGCUGACCACAUUUGGGGCCAGCAAGUGGCUACGGGGAUGGUGGUAGAGGCGAUGAAAGCCCAUCGCGCAGCCCGGAAACGGAAUCCGCUGGUUAUGUCCCUCCAUGGCGGUCCGGGAACCGGAAAGACCGCGAUGAGCAUGCUCUUGGCCAGGAGCAUGUUUGGCCAUAAAGAUGAUGAAGAAUUGGGCACAUCCGGUGUGUAUGUCAUUGAUAAACCAGUUGGAGCUACAAGGGAGGAAUACAGGGAGUUUAUAAUGACGACGUUAGAUGGCGCCCUAAAGUCCGCCCGGGGUUCGCUAGUGGUGUUUCAAGACAUGGCGUCCGUACCAGGCAAUAUCGGCUCUCUCCUGAAGGCAAUAUUUGAGGACAGUGACCAUAAUUAUCCGUGUAAAAAUGAGGCCAUUUUUCUCCUCAGCACCCAUAUCGGUUCCAAAAACCUGGAGGAUGUGGCUCUCGACUCGUGGAAAGACGGCAUCGACCGCGAUCGCAUUAAUCGCCGGGAGCUCCAGGCGGCUAUCACUGCCGCUUCCAGUGACACCGACGACAGGUGGCACCGGAGGAUGAUCGAACAUAAUUUGAUUACCAAGAGUAUCCCUUUUCUUCCGCUCGACCGCUCCACCGUCCGCCGCUGUAUAAUCCAGGAGAUGAUCUACCUUCGUUUUCUGGACGAAGACCGAAAGUCGAAGGAUGUGCAGGCAGCCAUGCGCCGCCGGAAGUUUAAUCCUGUUACCCACCCCGUAUUUGCCGAGACGGGAUGUGCCAACAUCAGUCUAACUGUUUAAAGUGACACUCAUAUUCAAAAUCAAUACAAACACAUGUAUUACAAACACAGUUUUUGAGUGUCAAAGCUUUUACUACUUUCUAAAUAAUGCAUUUAUGGAAAAUAUUAAUUUAUGAAAACAUGAUUGUAACCGUGCAUUUAUUAGCUGAUUACGCAAAAAUAUUAAAUAAUUGGCGAGUGCUUAAAGGUUUACUGUGAUCUACUAUCAUCUCUUAAGAUAGAAAUAUCGUGUUUUCUGCACCUUUCUUUCAAAUUAAACUCGCUAUCAUUUAUAGAAGAAUGUUUAUUCAAAGAAAUAUAUCACACAAUACACAUUUGAAAUAGGCCAACGUGACCCGUGAACAAAUUAAUGUAAUACAAUGACUUAUAUAUACAUGUAUGGCGGAACAGAUUGAUUAACUCUA